AUGUUUUUACUCACACUCGUACUCACCAGGUAUGAGUACAACUAUUUCAACUGUGAACCUUGUAGUGACCGGUCUUCCUGCAAAUGCAAGUUCGGUCAAUACACAGUUUAUGGUGGCAAGAAAGACAGUGGGGAAUGUUAUUCUGACAUCUGUUGUUGCGCUCGAGAGAGAAUUGAAAUUCCAGACCCAACUCCAACAAGAACUCUCAAGUUGCCAAAGACUCAUGUGAAGAAGAAGCCUUCUGGUAAGUUUCUUAUAGCCAUAUACAUAGCACGUUUAGAGUAA